GAGAAUUCACACCCGUCUCAGUCAGCCACCUCCUGGAUGAACACGGGCUUCAUACCUCCACUCCCACAUACACACAGAAGAGGUGCGCCGGCCAGACCGGUGCCACCGGAAGGCUGCCGGCUACCAGCCCGUGGAGGAGCACCGUGGAGGAGCACCUGCCGGGCGGAGCAGAGGCUGAGUCGGACCUGAAGGAGGGAGAACAAGCUGGUCAGCCUAGAGACAAAGGGUUUGCUGUGACCAGUGGAGAGGACCAUGCCCAGGAACUGCUGACCCCAAGCUACCAGUUGGGAAUCAUGUCAUCAGGCCACCGGGUGUGGCGUGCAGCUAUGCCACCCUACCGCCAGAACAGCUCCACAGCCUCAGUGCCCAGGUCCCCUGGCUCAGGGGGCAGCCCCAAGUCCCCCAGUACUCCUGGCUCAGUGAAGGUGGCCUCCCCAUUGGAAUGCUCCAUCUGCUUCUCAGGCUACGACAACAUCUUCAAGACACCCAAAGAGCUUUCCUGCUCUCACGUCUUCUGUCUCGAGUGCUUGGCUAGGCUGGCAGCUGCCCAGCCUGCAGGCCGCUCUGGCAGAGAAGCUGUGCCCUGUCCAUUCUGCCGACAGCCCACAACCGUGCCUGUCGCUGGGGCUCCUGCCCUGCGCACCAGCCGUCAGCUACAGGCCAAGCUGCCAGCACACCUACAGAGAGAGGAGCCUGUGUGGCUCGAGGGCACCAAACUGUGUUGCCGCCCCUUGCCCACCACUUCUGGCCAAGAGGACGGUGGCUUUGUAAGUGUGGACGUAGGCCUGAGCAAACCAGCUGAGCCCACCCUACCUGUACCUGUCCAAGACCCUGCACCCAACCCAGGCUGGCUGGCUCGCUGCUGGGCGCGCUUUAGGGACUGGCGUCGCGUAGCCCUGGUUUCUGUGCUGUUGCUAGUGCUGUUUUGUGUGAUACUCUGGCCUGUGCAGUGUGCACUCAAAACUGGAAAUCUGCGUUGCAUUAACCGACCACCUGCAGCCACCGCCACCGCCACUGUCACCACCGAUGCCCUCUCCUUUGGGGUCUUAGCCAACAACUAGGGUCACCACUUGGGCCAGGCCAGCUAUUCCAACAGCUCCGUGGUGACCCAGUGAGGUCAAGAACAUAGCAGCUUUUGAAGAUAGUUGGUCCCCCAGAACCCCAUUUAGGACAUGUAUGUGUCCCUUACUCUCCAGGACUAGGUGCCAAUGAGAACAAAAGAGUCCUCAAAGUCUCUAAGGACUACAGGCUUCUAAAGGCUCCAGAAACUGCCCUGGGACCCUAUCAUACAGAUAGGGAAAGGAAGCCAGGGACGCUGGUCGGGUGCCUGGCCUCCCUGGACACAGCUGAAUUGCCAAAACAGCAGGAGUUUGCCAUUCUUCCUUCCUUAAGACGUCGCCGGGACCCCGAGCAGCUGCUUCUCUAAGAGUGAGAAUGAAAAGGCAGGGCACCUUUUGCCCAUGCCACAGCGCCACAGCAGGAACUCACCAGCUGUCCAUGGCCAUUAUGAAUGGCACAUUUUAAAAUAAAUUAUUUUGUAU